UUGGCUCUUGGUCUAUUGAUGUGUCAAAAAUGACGUUCAUGAUUAAAUAAAAGUACUCCAACACGUCUUUAAUCGUGGUUUCGGUGUUAAGACCUGUGGUAGAUUCAGUUGAUAUUUUCUAAGUUUUGAAUUCGGUGUAAAAAUACACAUUCUAGCUAAACUUGCAGUUUUCACUUAUUUACUCAUUAUUUCAUUCGUCCUUAUACGCUUAUUUAGUCAUUUAAAUAUUGAAGUGAAAUGACCGAUUACGCUAAGAAAUUCAUGUUACUUCUUAUGAAUGAAAAGUGUUACGAUAACUAUUUCGUAGAUUUUGAUCUGCUGAAUGUGGACUGUUCCAAAGCUUUACUCAGUAAAGGGUUGGGCUUAGGAAUAAUAGCCGGUUCAGUACUAGUCAAAGUUCCACAGAUAACCAAAAUACUGGCCAACAAAUCAGCAAAAGGAAUCAAUCUGUUUAGCGUUUGUUUAGAUUUGUUUGCGAUUACUAUCCAUAUGUCGUAUAGCUUUGUUAGUGGUUUUCCGUUUAGUUCCUGGGGAGACACAUCGUUCCUUGCUCUGCAAACUGCCAUUAUCGCGUUUCUUGUGCUCAUGUACAAUAAUUCAUUAGUAAAGGCAAUUGCAUUCAGCGUGGUUUACUUUGCAGUGACCUAUGCACUGAUGGGAGGGCCAACACCCCUUGAAUACCUUUUGAUCGCCCAAGGAUUCAACAUUCCAAUUCUUCUGCUGGGAAAGCUAUCUCAAGCUUAUACUAACUAUCGGAAUGGUAGUACUGGUCAGCUGUCUGCGGUCACCUGUUUCAUGUUGUUGGCUGGAUCUUUGGCCCGAAUCUUUACGUCUAUUCAAGAGACUGGCGAUCAAAUGAUGAUCAUAACUUACGGAUUUUCGUCGUUUGCUAAUGCUGUCAUUGUACUGCAGCUACUGUACUACUGGGGUGAAGAUACAAAACCACGCGGUUUAGGAACAUCGAAGAAGGCCACUAAAGCUAAGGCUAAGAAAUCUGACUAAGAUCAAUAUAGAGCUAUUUGCUUCUAUAUUUUAUGGACGAAACAAAAAAAUUGUUUUAAUAUGAGUACAAAGUUGCUAUGCUCCAAUUUGUAUAAGAUCCAUCAUCAAGUUGCAUGUUUGCUAUGCUCAUUUCCAAAGUAGGUUUGUAAUUCAAUUAACUUAUAGUCAAUAAAUGAUAACAAUAAUAACUAGUGAAAUUAAACAUCAAGUCAGGUUAAGGACAUUUUUUCGACUAAGAAUGAUAUUCGUGUUAUGAAAAAUUGUCUACGAAACUGCAUUAUUUUAGGAAACUGGUCGAUUAUUAUAGGCUGAAUGUUGAGAAAAAAUUAGCUACUUUUCAAUAAAAUACUUGAUAAACUACA